AUGGCAACAGCAAACACAACAUCAACUGCCGAGUCGCUACUUGGGCGCGUAAAAAAUCUGGUGAACGAUCCGUUCUUACAAGCACAAUGGGCAGAGAAGAAAUGGGUAUGGGUCACCGAUAAAGAUGAAGGAUAUCUGUCUGGUUGGAUUGUCACUGAAGAAGGUGACAAUGCUGUGAUUCAAUUGAGCAAUGAUACGAAACGAAACGUCAACAUCAAUGACUGUGAAAAGAUGAACCCUCCCAAGUUCGACAAGGUUGAAGAUAUGGCUGACUUGACAUAUCUCAAUGAAGCCUCUGUCGUUCACAAUCUCCGACUACGAUACUUUUCCAAUCUUGUAUACACCUAUUCUGGACUCUUCUUGGUCGCAGUCAAUCCAUACAAGAAGCUUCCUAUAUACACGGACGAUGUCGUCAAAAUGUACCGUGGCAAGAAGCGUGCUGAAAUGGCUCCUCACAUAUACGCCAUCUCAGAUGCCGCCUACUUUGACAUGUUACAAGACAAGGAGAAUCAGUCCAUUCUGAUCACUGGAGAAUCUGGUGCUGGUAAAACCGAAAACACCAAAAAAGUCAUUCAAUACUUUGCUUCAGUAGCUGGUGGAACCAGUGCCAAGAACGCUGGUACACUUGAAGCUCAAAUCUUACAAGCCAAUCCUAUUCUCGAGUCUUUUGGUAACGCCCAAACAAUCCGAAACAACAACUCAUCGCGUUUCGGUAAAUUUAUCCGGCUGGAAUUCUCACCUACUGGUCAUAUUGUCGGUGCCAACAUUGAGAGAUACUUGUUGGAAAAGUCUCGUGUUACACAUCAGACUGCUAAAGAAAGGAAUUAUCACGUCUUCUACCAGUUGAUUCGUGGUGCUUCCAAAGAGAUGCGAGAAAAAUUCCUAUUGACUGAUAACUUGAAUGAUUAUCGGUUCUUGAAGAGCUCCAACAAGAAUAUUGAAGGAGUUGAUGAUGCUACUGACUUCAAGUCUUUGAGUGAUUCGAUGAACAUUAUGCAAAUCAGUGCUGAUGAGCAAACCGCCUACUUCCGAGUCAUUGCUGCCAUCCUUCAUUUGGGUGGUAUUCAAGUCUCUGCUGACAAGGAAGACCAAGCCAACUUGGUAGACUCGUCCAACCGUAUCGUUGAACAAGUCUGUCAUGUUCUAGGUAUCCCAGUAGCCGAAUUCAUAAAGGCCUUAUUACGUCCCAAGAUCAAAGCUGGUCGUGACUGGGUUGUAUCUGCUCGUAACUGUGAGCAAGUCUUGUACUCUGUGGAAUCAUUGGCUCGUUCCAUCUACGAACGCAUGUUUGGAAGUUUGGUCGACCGAAUCAACCAAGCUAUCUACACUCCCUCAUCCAAGUCAUCAUUUAUUGGAGUGUUAGAUAUUGCUGGUUUUGAAAUCUUUGAGCAAAACUCGUUCGAACAACUGUUGAUCAAUUACACGAACGAAAAGCUCCAACAGUUCUUCAAUCACCACAUGUUCAUUCUUGAACAAGAAGAAUAUCGUCGUGAAGGAAUUGAAUGGAAGUUCAUUGACUUUGGUCUUGACUUGCAGCCUACUAUAGAUCUUAUUGAAAAGACUUCGCCGAUCGGUAUCUUGUCUUGCCUGGACGAAGAGUGUGUCAUGCCUAAGGCCACCGAUAAGACGUUCCAGGAAAAGCUCAACCAAUUCUGCAAGGGCAAAUCUACCAAAUAUGAAGUGCCUCGAUUCAACAUGGGCUUCAUCUUGCAUCACUAUGCUGGCAAGGUCGAAUAUUCUAGCUCCAACUGGUUGGACAAGAACAAAGAUCCUCUCAAUGAGAACAUCACUCGUCUAUUGGCCAAGUCUACAGAGAAGUACAUUGGCGAGCUAUUUGUCGACUAUUUGGGUGAUCCAGAUGAGCCAUUAGCUGCCGGUAAACAAGGAAUGGUUGCCAUCACCAAGAAGGGUGCCUUCCGAACGGUUGCUCAAAGACAUAAGGAACAACUUAGCUCGCUCAUGAGCCAACUCUACACCACUGAACCUCACUUUGUCCGUUGUAUACUUCCCAACGAGGACAAGAAGCCUGGUAAACUCAACACCAACUUGGUCCUCGACCAGUUGCGCUGUAACGGUGUACUUGAGGGUAUCCGUAUUUGCCGUGCUGGUUUCCCCAACAGGCUCUUGUUUGCAGACUUCCGUCAACGAUACGAAGUAUUAUGCCCUGGUGUUAUUCCCAAUGGCUUCAUGGAUGGUCGUAAAGCUAGUCAAGCUCUUCUUGAAACUCUCAACUUGGACAAGAACCAGUAUCGUAUUGGUAGCUCAAAGGUCUUUUUCCGUGCUGGAGUGCUUGCCGAGUUGGAAGAACGACGUGACGAACGAUUAGCCAAGCUCGUAACUAAGAUUCAAGCGUUGAUUCGAGGUUGCUUGGCUCGUCGUGGUUAUACUAAGAAGAACCGUCAACUUGCCGCCAUCAAGAUCAUCCAAAAGAAUGCUCGUAUAUAUGUCACUCUCCGUGAAUGGUCUUGGUGGAGACUAUUCUGUAAAGUAAAGCCUCUACUCAACGUUGCUCGUACUGAUGAAGAAUUACGUAAACGUGAAGAUGCUGCUCGAGCUUGGGAAGAAAAGGCUAUAAAAGAAGCAGAAGAAAGAGCCAAGGCCGAUGCUCUUCGAUCACAACUAGAAUCGCAGAAACGUCAAAUCGAAGAAGCACUCUUACAAGAGAAGAAUGCUGCUUCCGACCAAGCCGAAAUCCUGGCACGUACUCAAGAACGUGAAGUAGAACUGUCUGAACGUCUGAAAGAGUUGGCAUUACAACUCGAAGACCGUGAGACACAAAACGAGCAACUAUUAGCGUCCAAGAAGAAGCUCGAAACUGAAAUCCGUGAAGCUCGUGACUUGCUGAGUGAUGGUGGAGCCAACUUGGCUCGUCUCGAAAAGAUUCGAGAGCAAAUAGAAGGUCGUGUAAAAACUCUAGAAUCAGAACUCUCCGCCUCUGCUGCUGAAUGCCAGAAACUCGAAGGUGAUAGGUCGUCUCUCCAAAACCAAUUGUCUGAGCUCCAGAAGCUCCUUAAAGAAGCUGGUGAUAGAGAAGCUGAACUUCGUCACCAAAACACCAAGCUUAAAUCCCAGAUCGCCGAACUCGAAGCUAAAUUAGAAUCCGAAGAAGACCAACGUAAACAGCUAGAACAACGUCGUAGUCUCUUGGAAGGUGACUUGAAGAACACUCGAGAUGGUGCUUCAGACUUGGCACGUAUACGAAGUGAACUCGAAACCGUAAUCAAACGUAAAGAAACUGAAAUCCUGGAACUCAACGAAGCCUUGAAACGUGAAUCUUCUGAGAAGGAUUCCGUUGAUCGUCAACGACGUGAUAUUCAAGGCAAAUUGAACGCUACUGAAGGCGAUCUUGAAAACGAACGUGCUGAACGUGACAAGAUCACCAAGCUCAAGAUAAAGGUUGAGAAAGAACUUGAGCAAGUACACCAACUUAUGGCCGAAAAGGGUAAUGAAGCUGGCAAAGCUGAUGAAUUACGUCGUAUUCGUGAAUCUGAAUUGUCGGAUCUAAAGAACUUGUUGAGUGGCACUCAAGCUGAAGCUGAAGAAUCACGUCGUAAAACCACUCAAAUGGUUGAGUCGCUCCGAGCUGAACUCGAUGCUGCUCAACAGGAUGGUAGUACCGCGGCCAAGGCUCGUGUAGCUGCUGAACGUCAAAUCGCAGACUUACGAACAGAACUAGAAGCAGCUGAAGAUCAAAAAGGUCGUUUGGACAAGUCUCGUCGUCAACUCGAAUCUGACUUGCAAGCUGCCCGUGCUCGAUUUGAUGAAUCGGAUUCUUCUGUAUUAGAGCUAAAAAAUGCUAAAGAAACUCUAGAAAAGCAAUUGGCUAUCUUGUCUGCUAAGGCAGAAGAAGCUGAAGGCAACUUCCAACGUGCUGACCGAGAACGUCAAUCCUUACAAAAGCAAGCCGAGUCUCUAAGAGAGGAGGUUGAAGAGGAAGUCAACAAACGUAAUGUACUAGAUGGCCAAAAGAAGAAGUUGGCUGCCGAAAUCCAAGAAUUGAUGAACCGAUUGGAAGAAGAAGAUGAGUCUAGGCAAGAGCUCAAUAAAAAGUUGACUGCAAAGAGCUCAGAGUUGGAAGUCCUCAAGGAGAGCUACAACCGUGACGCCAAACAACGUGGAGCUGAACUCGAAGAGUCAUUCCGUAAAGCUACACGAGAACUCACCGAGUUACAGGCCCGUUUUGCUGAAUUAGAACGUGGCUCAUCUGGUUUGGAAAAGGUCAAGGCUCGCUUGUCUGGUGAAAUAGAAGACCUGAAGGUUGAAAUAGAUAGGGAACACAAUGCAGCACGGUUAGCUGAAAAGACAGCCAAGGAUGCUCGUAGCGAGUUGGCUGCCGCAAACCAAACUUUGGAAGCUGAACGUCGACAACGUGAAGUAGCAGAGUCUAAUCAACGUAAACUCCAAUCUCAAAUCGAAACCUUAAAUCUCGAACUGGACAACCGCAGUCACCAGAUAGCUCAAGUCCAAAAGUCAAAGAAUGAGCUCGAAACUGAAUUGAAGGCUCUUAUAGACGAGAUUGGUGAUGGUGGCAAGAAUGUACAUGAGCUUGAAAAGGCUAAACGUCGUCUGGAGUCUCGAGUUGAAGAGCUACAGACUCAGCUUGACGAAGAAGAAGGCUUACGAAUUAAAGCUGCUGAUGCCAAACGUACCAUCGAGCUCGACUUGGCUGACAUUCGAAAGAAGGCUGAAGCUGACUUGGCUGCUAAAGAUGCUCUCAUGGAGGAAACUCGUCGUAUGCUCAUGAAAGAAGUCAACUCUAUUGGAGAGCAACUCGAUGAAGCUCUUUCACAAAAGGGUGAAAUCCUCAAAGCCAAGAAACGCCUAGAAGAGCAAGUCGAAGAACUGACUUCUCGAGCUGACUCCACCUCCCGUAAUAAAGAUGACCAGGAGAAGGCUCGUAAAAAGGCAGAAGCUAGUGCUCGUGAAUCUGCCCAACGUCUCGAAGAUGAAGAAAGAGCUCGUCGUAACUUUGAAGAAUUGGCUCAACGUCACGAAAAGAAGGCCAACUCUCUACAAGCCGAAAUCGAACGUCUUGAUGGUCAAGUAGAACUUCUAGACCGUACACGUAAACAGCUCGAGAAGAAGGUUGAUGAAUUGACCAACGACUUGGAAGGUGGUGGUGAAGACUCUCGAAGAUCACUGCUAGAAGCUAAAAAACGAUACGAAAAAGAAAUCCAAGCCUUACGAGAAGCUUUGGAGGAAGAGCAAGAUGCUCGAUCCCAAAUGGCUGCUCGUCCAGGUGUAAACCCGAAUGAAAUAGAAAAGCUUCGAUCUGAAGCUCGAGCUGAUCUUGAAGGAAAGAUUGAAAAGAUGGAAGAGUCUCGAAGAGCUUUAUUGGCUGCUCAACGUAUUGCGGCUCAAGAGGUUGAAGAUAAAGUAAAGGAAAUCAGCAACCUCGAUAAACAAAAGAAGCUCCUACAAGAUGAGAUUAGCUCUUUGAAGUCUCGUCUGGAAGCUGAAGUCGUCGCCCGUGGCGAUGAAGCUGCCAAGAACCGUAAAUUAGCCACCGAUAUAAAGGAAAUGCAAUUACGUAUCGAUGCCGAGUCAUCCAAGAGUCGAGACGCCUCUGAUCUCAUUGAAGGCUACAAGUCUAAAGCCGAUGCAUCCUUUGCCAAACUCGAAUCUGCUGAAUUGGCACGUAUAAAAGCAGAAAAGAACCAAUCUGCUCUCUUGUUGCAAAUGAAGGAACUCGAAGACUCGUUGGCCGAGUCAUUAAAGGAUCGCAGAGCUGCUGAAGACCGAGUCAAGUCUUUGGAAGAGCAGCUCAUUGACUUGCAGGAGCAACAGGAAGAUAAUGCUCUUGAGAUUGCCGAUCAUGCUCUCAUCAAACGUAAACUCCAAGACGAAAUCGAUAAAGCUCACGAACGUCAUAAGGCAGACCUGGAGGAACGUGAAGCCUUGGUAGAUGAUUCUAGACGUAAAUAUCAAAAGGAGAUCAAACAGCUAAUGGCGGAACUUGAGAUUGAAAAGAAUAAUGGUCUCACUCUCAAGGAAACCAAUAAAGAGCUUGAACAUGAAUGUGAAGAAGUCUCGGCCAAGUUGGAAUCAGAGCUUCGCUCUGCCACUACUUGGAAGAAGGAGAAGGAACGUCUCGAAUCUCGUGUAGAGGAAUUAACACGAUUAUAUAUGGAUGGUCAAAAUGGCCAAGACGAACUACAAAACCAAAUCAACACUCUUCUUACACAAGUACGAGAUCUACGAGCUAGCCAAGAAGAUGGUGAUGCUACUCGAUCAGCUCUCGAAAAGGCCAAACGAUCAUUAGAGCAACGUCUAGAAGAGCUCGGUGAACAGAUGCAUGCAUCAGAUCGUGCUCGUGGUGAUUUAAGCCGUACACUACAUACCUUGGAAACGAGUACCAAUGAAUUACGUGAACAAGUGGAAGAGCUUACAGAAGAAGCGCGUGUGGCUUCUGAUAAACAACGUCGUGCUGAACAAACAGCCAACGAUGCUCUAUCUGAUCUCAACAAGGAACGAACUACUACCAUGGAUUUGGAAAAGACCAAGGUAUCGUUGGAGAAACAAGUCAAAGAAUUGGGUGCUCGUAUCUUGGAUAUGGAGGCUGCAGUACUUCAAGAUCGCGGUGGUGGAACUCGACGUUUAGAAGGUCGUCUGGACGAAUUGGCAACGCAGCUUGACAAUGCCACUCGAGAAAAAAACGAGUUGGGCAAGGAAGCACGCAAGAAUGAUCGUACAGUAAAAGACUUGCAAUUCCAAUUGACUGAACGUGACAAAGCCAAGACUCGAUUUGCGGAAGAGAUUGACAAGUUGACUGACAAGUGUAGACAGCAAAAGGCUCAAAUUGAAGAGUUAGAGAGUGCUGAAGCCAACCUACAAUUGGCCAAACGUCGUGCAGAACGUGAAUAUGCUGAACAGAAAGAACGCUCUUUGAGACUCGAAAAGGAAGUAGAAAAUCUCAAACGACGCUUCGAGACCUUGUCACCAAAUAAAUGA